GCGUUGACUGUGGGUGCCCCCCAGAAGCAGUAUGUGGGUGUGAGGGUAAAAAUGCCAGUGUGUGAACUGCUGAGAAAAAUCCGUCUCUCCAAAGGGACAGAGUCCGGUGACAACAGGGAAACACCUGCAAAAGCAAAUACCAAAAGGUAUUCAGGAAGAGCAGGGAAAAAAAGAGCUUACUCAGAAAGGCAUGACAAGCAAAACUGCUGUCGGGCUCAGACAGCCUUAAAAAGCACGGAGGACUUGGACAUCCUAGUCGAAGUACUGCAGGAAGACCUGAACGAGAGCCACUCCAAGCUAGAGCCUCAGUUGCCUAUGCAGUUCCCACAUGGUGCGACCCAGGGAUUUCAGCCUUCCGGGUGGGAAGCCAAUGGCAACUCGCAACCAGAUGGCAAUUGGCUGAGAAGCAGCUGGGAGCCUGUCAGAUUUCAGCCGUUGUCUGCUUCUGGCGCAUUGCUUCAUCCACGUGCUGAGAUUUCCUAUGGAUUUGAUUGCAGAAAGACGCAACAACGUCUGGAUCUGAUCAACACGUUCCACAAUUCCCAUGUGGAAGAAAGAUGCUGGCUGGGGAAUGGGUCUGUUGAACAUCCUGGGCAGAGUUCCCAAGGCUUUGCCAAGGAGAUUAGGCCACACUGCCACGACCCACUGGGGCAGGCUUUGCCAGAGACUUUGGAAGAGAACACUGCUGCCUUGCAUGGGAGGGGAUGCCUGAAGGCAAGUGCGUGGUCUUUCAUGGGCCAGGAGGCCUCUGCCAUUUCUUUCUUCCAAUUCCAGCUCUGCCGCGAGGAGAGUCGGCUCAGGAGCAUCUCGGUGGACAAGUUGCUCAUGCCGGAUAGAAAUGGGAACAGGCUUCUUCACGAGGCUGUUUCUCAGGGGAAAAGGGCACUGGCAUAUGCGCUGGCAAGGAGGUUUGCACAUCUCAACAGACUUGAUGGGAAGAACGCAGUAAAACAGACUGCGUUGCACAUAGCAGCCCAAAAGAACCAUCAUCUUAUUGCCAGCGACCUGCUCUCUCUGGGUGCUGAUGUAAAUGCGAGGGACAACUCAGAGAAGACUCCCUUGCACCUCUGUGCUGAGAAGGGUUAUCUGAGAGUCUUGGAAGUCUUGAAAAACUGUCAGGAAGUUGGCAUCCAUGUUGAAGUAGACGCAACCGACAAUCAGGGCUUAACGCCAAUACAGUGCGCAGGUUUGGCUCACUGCGCUCUCGCGAUGGACUCGGGCAGCCGCCAUCUCUCGGCCGAGACGUGGAAGCUUCUGAACCUCCGUAAGGAUCAGAUACUGAGUGGCAUCAAGUGCUUGAUACAAAUGGGAGCCAACCCAUGGGAGCAAGGAACAAGCUCAUCAAGCCAAGUUUCAAAUUAUUUUGCAAAAGUCCAGCAAAAUAAUGAACUGAUGUGUUUUUUCCAAACUCACAGGCCCCAAAAGCAGCAGGAUUACAGCUUGCUCUCUGGACUAGAUGAAAUCGCCCUUCCGUAUUUACAAGGAGAAGAUGUGGAGCCACCAAUGGUUUCUUUUCCAAGCUUCCUCAACCAUUUCCAUGAAAGUGCAAUGUAAACAGGACACUUAAGCACACCAGGAAGCAAUGGACUUCCUAGAACAUUGGUUGCUGAUAUACCGUAUCAGAGGUGUUUCAGGCUUUGUAUACUUGAUGAUCUGAAACCUGCAGAUUGCCUCAAUGGACUUCAAGAAAUCUGGAGUGCCAUUUCUGCCAGGCUGUUGGCUGAAGAACAGCUUGAGAAUAGACAGUAAAAGUCUUUGAACCUGUGAAGGCUUGGACUUUGCUGAAUUCAUGUUCUCAGAAA